AUGGCGUCUCUCUUCAGUAGAGAAAGGAUUCUCGGCCAAUCCAAGAGAGACUCCGCCGGCUCCGCCAUGAAUGGAACCACCAACAGCUUCCGCUUCACCUCUGCCGCCGCCGCCGCACCCACCACUUUAGAUCCAUUACCAUCUCCAUUUGGUGACCUCACACCAACUCUAUCUUCUACCGACCUCCGUGAAACGGCCUACGAGAUCUUUGUUGCAGUUUGUCGUACAUCCACUGGAAAAGCCCUCAGUUACACUUCCAGCAACGCAUCAGCGUAUACUCCUGAUCGAUCUUCGCAGUCGCCAUCACUAUCGGGCUCACCGUCGCAGAGAUCGAUCACUUCUGCUGCCGCGUCUAAGAUGAAGAAGGCGCUGGGACUCCGAUCUAGUUCGAGUGCCGGUAGUCCAGGCUCGGCUGGCUCCGGUACGGGGUCCGGUGGGAAGGGUAAGAAAACGGUGAUGACGAUAGGAGAGCUAAUGAGGAUUCAGAUGAAGAUUUCUGAGGCUGCCGAUUCCAGAAUUCGAAGGGCAUUGUUAAGAAUUUCUGCUGGUCAGGUUGGGAGGCGAGUUGAGUUGAUGGUUCUUCCACUAGAGCUGUUGCAGCAGUUCAAAGCUUCAGAUUUUACUGACCACCAAGAGUAUGACAUGUGGCAGAAGAGAAACUUGAAAAUGUUGGAGGCUGGACUUCUUCUACACCCUCAUGUACCACUUGGAAACUCCAACACUGCUUCUCAGAGGUUGCGACAAAUUAUUCAUGGUGCAUUGGACAAGCCAAUCGAGACUGGAAGGAACAACGAGCCCAUGCAAGUCCUACGUAGUGCUGUUAUGUCCCUUGCCAACAGGUCGUCUGAUGGAUUGUCAGAAUCAUGCCAUUGGGCAGACGGGUUUCCUCUGAAUCUCCGACUCUAUGAGAUCCUUCUAGAAACCUGCUUUGAUGCUAAUGAUGAAUCAUCUAUUAUAGAGGAAGUUGAUGAGCUCAUGGAACUUAUAAAGAAAACAUGGGGAAUUCUGGGCAUAAACCAAAUGCUUCAUAACAUAUGCUUUUCCUGGGUCCUAUUUAAUCGUUUUGUUGGAACUGGACAAGUAGAUAAUGAUCUGCUUUAUGCUGCUGAUUGUCAGCUAGUAGAAGUCGCAAAAGAUGCAAAGACAACCAAGGAUCCAGCAUAUGCUAAAAUCUUGAGUUCUACACUCACUUCGAUACUGGGUUGGGCCGAAAAAAGACUUCUUGCUUAUCACGACACAUUUGAUAAAGAAAAUGUUAAUUCUAUGCAAAGCAUUGUUUCUCUAGGGGUAUCAGCAGCUAAAAUCUUGGUAGAAGAUAUAUCUAACGAGUAUCGUCGCAGAAGGAAAAACGAUGUUGAUGUGGCUCGAAGUAGGACUGAUACAUACAUCAGGUCAUCACUCCGCACUGCUUUUGCUCAGAUAAUGGAGAAGGCAGAUUCAAGCAGGAGGGCAUCACGAAACCAGCCAAACCCACUUCCUGUCCUUGCUAUUCUUGCAAAAGAUGUUGGUGAACUAGCUAACAAAGAAAAGAAAAUGUUCAGUCCUAUACUAAAAAGAUGGCAUCCUCUUGCUGCUGGUGUGGCUGUUGCCACUCUUCAUGUUUGUUAUGGGAAUGAGCUAAAGCAAUUUAUUUCGGGUAUAACUGAGUUAACGCCAGAUGCAGUGCAAGUUUUAAGAGCUGCAGAUAAGUUAGAGAAAGAUCUUGUGCAAAUAGCAGUCGAAGACUCUGUCGACAGUGAUGAUGGUGGGAAGGCAAUCAUUCGUGAAAUGCCACCAUUUGAAGCUGAAGCUGCAAUAGCCAACUUAGUUAAAGGUUGGACUAAGAUGAGACUAGACAGGCUGAAGGAGUGGGUAGACAGAAAUCUCCAGCAAGAGGUGUGGAAUCCACGAGCUAAUCAAGAAGGAUAUGCUCCCUCGGCUGUUGAAGUAUUGCGUAUUAUAGAUGAAACUUUGGAUGCCUUCUUUCAGCUGCCGAUUCCCAUGCAUCCAGCAUUGUUGCCUGAUUUAAUUGUUGGCCUGGAUAGAUGUCUUCAGUAUUACACAAGCAAGGCUAAAUCAGGCUGUGGAUCAAGAAAUACAUUCAUUCCCACGAUGCCCGCAUUGACCAGAUGUGCAACAGAGACAAAAUUUCAUGGUGUUUUUAAGAAGAAAGAGAAACCAGCCAAUUUACAGAGACGGAACUCUCAGGUUGCAACAACGAAUGGGAAUAAUAAUGCUUUUGGAGUACCGCAGAUAUGUGUACGUAUAAAUACUCUGCAACGCAUCCGUACGGAACUGGAGGUUUUAGAGAAGAGAAUCCUAACCCUUUUGCGGAACUCAGAAUCCGCUCAUGUUGAGGACUUCUCAAAUGGUUUGGGAAAGAAAUUUGAGCUCACCCCGGCUGCUUGUUUAGAAGGGAUUCAACAACUAUGUGAGGCUAUGGCUUACAAGAUUGUCUUCCAUGAUCUUAGCCAUUCUCUCUGGGACGGUCUUUAUGUUGGUGAGCUAUCAUCUUCCACAAUUGAAUCUUUCCUUCAGGAGCUAGAACAGAACUUGAUGGUUAUUGCAGAAACUGUGAAUGAAAGAGUCCGAACACGUUUAGUUGCUGAAAUAAUGAAAGCAUCUUUUGAAGGGUUUUUGUUGGUAUUGCUUGCUGGCGGACCAUCUCGUUCUUUUACUCGACAAGAUUCACAAAUAAUUGAAGAUGACUUUAAGUCCCUUAAAGAUCUCUUCUGGGCAAAUGGCGAUGGGUUGCCAAUGGACGUAAUCAACAAGUUUUCAGCUACAGCGAGAGAUGUUCUUCCACUUCUGCGAACAGAUACAGAGACCAUUAUUGAGCGGUUCAGACGUUUGACUCUAGAGGCAUACGGUUCAUCUGCCAAAUCCAGACUCCCAUUACCUGCAACUUCAGGUCAGUGGAGUCCAUCUGAUCCAAACACGCUUCUUCGUGUUUUGUGCUAUCGAAACGAUGAUGCGUCUUCGAAAUUCCUCAAGAAGACCUACAACUUGCCAAAGAAACUAUGAUAAUUCCUUUAAAAAUUGGCCACGAUUACUGGGUUUUUCCACAAAUCACCAGCGUAGUAAACCUGCAUAGCUCUGCUUAUGUUCACUAUUUUUAAAGAUUCUGCUCUUCAGUUGUCCAUCUACGUUGGCUACAAAAUAAGCAGACUUUCGUCAAGGAAGGUUAUAUUUCUGUACAGUUAAUCUUCGAGCAUCUUCGUUAUUGAAUCAAUCCCACUUUUUAGAUUCAGCUUGCAAGCAUGAACGAAGCCUCGAAGUCAAAGACAAGGUAACAUGUGAAGAUUCAUUAUUGUUGUCAUUAGGUCAGUGUCUAUAUAAGUUCUUCGGAUCCUUUUACUUGCUUCUAGGCUGCAUUGCUUGAUUGUUUCAUUUUGAUGGAAAUAUUUGCUUCUCUUUUGCGACUUUAUUCUCAAUAGAUGUAGUUGGUGCCAAAUCAAUAUUAGGUAUUUAUUUAUCAUGUAUAGUAUUAUACUUAACGCAACGGUUUUGUUUGCUAUAUGCUAAGAAUUUCUUGUAUGUUUAAUAGGAGUUUGGAUUUCCUGUUUGUUAA